AUGGCGGGCGGCCUCGCAGCAGCAGAUCAUGGGAGAUCUGCCGCGCCUCCGAGUCACUCCGGCAAGGCCGUUGAUGAGGGAGGCAUUCUUGGCCGCCCUGCGGCGAUUCAAGCACGGCGGGGGCUCUGUCGCAGCCUGCAUAGCGACUGCGGCACUAACUUCGUCGGGGCCGACGCCCAACUUCGAGCGUUAUUCACCGCCAGCAGCCCGGAGCAGCGGAAAAUCGCCGACCAGAUGGCCAAUGAGAGCAUAAGGUGGUGCUUCAACCCACCGGCAGCACCCCACUUCGGCGGACUCUGGGAAGCGGCGGUGAAGUCCUUCAAACAUCACCUCAGGAGAGUGCUAGGAGAAUCGACACUCACCUAUGAGGAGAUGAGCACUCUCCUUGCGCAAAUCGAGGCCUGUCUCAACUCCAGGCCGCUGCAGGCGAUGUCCGACGACCCUGACGACUUGGCGGCAUUGACUCCGGGGCACUUCCUCGUGGGAGCAGCGCUCAACGCCAUCCCAGAGGCCAGCUCCCUGGACGUGCCGCUCGGCCGCCUCUCACGCUGGCAACUGCUCCAGAGGAUGCGCGACCACUUCUGGGACAGGUGGUCGCAGGAAUACCUCCACACACUGCUCCAACGACCCAAAUGGUGGGCCACCAACGAGGAAGUGCGCGUCGGGCGACUCUGCCUCAUCCGGAGCGACAACGCGCCGCCGACACGAUGGCCUCUCGCCCGGAUCGCGAGCGUACACCCGGGAGCCGACGGGCGGAUCCGUGUGGUCACCCUCCGCACCGCGUCAUCCGAACUGACGCGCCCGAUCGCGAAGAUCGUCCUCCUGCCGGAAAGCCGCUCCGACGAGCGGGAGAACGAGCCCGCACACCGCGUGUAA